AGUCGGGAUGUUUUUACCCCGAGUAGGAAAGCAAUGUCACUCCUAAUUAUGAAAGUUUGGAGAAGGUGUAUGAUAUGCAUGAAUGUCAGGGAAAGGAGAGCCAUUCUGCCUCCUUCCCCCUUCUACAUGUUUACUCUCAAAUUGCAAACCAGCUUUCACUCUACAGUGCCUUUUACAAACUGUUUUUGUUUUUUUCUACUAUAUCCUUCAUUAGGUUCCAUGAAAGACAGUUCUUUGUGACUUUGCAUCAUGUGGUAUGAGUUCUUUUCUUCCAAGGGCUAUGACCACAAGUAUCCUGGGCCUUCAAGGAUACCUCCCUAUAUCACUGUCCGUAAGCUUUGUAAGCACUUCUAUGCUGUGCUGAAGUUUAGUCUUGUUUCCUUUUUGUUUCAGACUAAAUCCUCACAAAUAAGAAUUUUGAGAUGCUUUUUGUCUUUUGCAACAUCAAUUCUCCAACUGAUAAUUGGCUUCAGAAUUAAGAUCAUUAUGAAAUCUUCAGAGUAGUGCAUAUGUGAGUUCAAACAGGAAAAAAAACCUCUUUGAGCUAGACAGCUAUUAAGAAAAAUUUAACGCAGCUUGGUGGAUGUUCUUUGAAUUUGGAUACAAAUGUUUGUACUUCAAACUUGCAAUCUGCCUAUGGUCUUGAGCUGAGAAAAAUAUUUCCAUGUAAACAGAAGGAAAUGUUUGCUUGAUGCAAGUAUUUUGAAAAUAUUGCAUAGAUACCUUGUGUUUGUGGUAAGUUUUAUGCAUUGUUCCGUUUUAACUGAAGUCAAGAAAGAUGUCAGUAUGGAUGCCUUCUGUUUCUAAUUUUCCCAUAUGUGUUGUUCCUAGGGGCUCCGAGUUUUUUAUGUGCGUUAUAGAACGUGGCUGUGGGACAACUUUAAAAACAGAUGCUAUGGGAGGGGAAAAAAGGAUAAAAUCUAGAACAGUAGUAGCUAUACUUGGAACUCAUUGAGACUUUAGAUGUUGCUGACCUUAAAUUGACAAAAAAUGUAAUAACAAUACUACUUAAUGUUACUUGACUACAUCAAUUUUACAACAUUUAAGGAAUAGAGGUCUUUUGUGCUAUUUCAGAAAAUACGUAUAUCAUUAAUCUUUAUAUAUUUUGAUAGUAACACUGCUUUCAUCUUGUACUGGUGCUAUUUUGGCAGGUAUCUCUUGAAAGAUUUUUUUUUUAUUGAUUUAAAACCUGAGUACCACCAGCAGUAAAUGCAUGGAUACGCUAGAUAUAAACUAAUUUAAAGAUGUUGAGGGGGAAAUAUUUCCAACACAAAGGAAAAUUCUCGUUUUAUCAUUCUUUUAGUAGAAUUUAGCUGUACUUAAAAAAACUGUUUAACUUUUAUCAGUGUACUAAAACCUUGUAUUUCAAAGAAGUUUCACUUCAUAGGUUUUGUAAAUUAGUAUAAUUUUCUAAUUUUUAUUACAAUACUUAAAAACUAGUCAGGGAGGAAAUUUUCUGUUAAGGAGAAUGAAGGUCUGAACAUAUUCACUAUGUUUUGUCUUUAUUUUGUCUUUAACUUGAAAAGAAUGUUAAAUGCAGACUGUUUUGUGACCCUGACAGCAUGCAUAAUUCAUGUGUGUUUCGUGUUUAGGUAUAAUCGUAAAAAUGGAACAUUACACAUCAUAUAUAGGAUGUGAGAUUUCUGCAGUGCCUUUAUCUGAUGCUGCUCAGAGGAUUAUGUCAGCUUUACAGUCUGUUCCUACAGGAAUUCAGACUAGCAGAAAAAAUAACCAGAGUGAGUAAAUUUUGAUCUGUUUAAGUGUCUAUAUUUUCAGUUGCAAAAACUGAAAUGCAAACAAACAACAACAUCAAACCUCCAGUCCCUAUUUAAGAAGAAAAUUAAGUGUUUCUAGGUUUAGAAAAUGAAUUGAGCUUUAACUGUGGCAUUUGCUGGGACUCGUCUGGUUAAAUGAUGCUGUGUAAGUGCAGGGAACUAAGAUAUUGCCAGUACUCUGUGUUUCAUUGCUUUUUUUUUUUUAAUCUUUCGUAACCUGUUCCUGCUAGUUUCUGCUAUGUGGUAUUAAAACAGAUGAGAAUUUCCAAUUCUUAAUUAACUAAUACUGUAAACUAAAUGUAUGUUAACUUGAAUCUGGGCUAGAUACUUAAAUAUCACUAGAGGUACUGGGAAAUUGCAAGGAGGCCAGUGAGUUCUCCAGACUAUUGUCUGUUCUUAAACACAUGCUCAUUACCAACUCACUCUUUGUGAAAUUCUAGGGGGAAGAGUGAACAAAAGUCCAAAUUGUAGAGCAAAUUAGGUAAUGUUAAAAGAGCCUCAGCAGAUCUUUGACUCUGGGCAAAGCCCACCGUCAUCCUCAGAAUGUAGUAGAUACUAGUGACAUUUUGCAAGAUUUUUUUUAUUCUCAAUUCUGUGUAUUUAAUAGUUCAAUCGUGUAGCUCUGGAAAGAAGUAGAAUGUUAAAGUCUUGCUUAAUUUCUGUUCUCUUUUUUUUCUGGAGAAGUAGAUCCUGGAACAUUAUCUGGUCAACAGGAUUUAAAACUAAGAUUUAAAUACUGCAUUUGUUCUUGUUAUAUGGCAUUCAUUACAACCUUGGUUUUAUAAAAACAGUAGCUCAGGCUCUUCGUUCACUAGUAAGAUAAUGGAUCAUUGGAGCCUGAUGGUGUAGCAGUGAAAAGGGUAGUAGCUCAUUGCUAUGUAAAUUGGUGAUGCACAUUUGAAGACAUGGAAUACAUUUAUCUUAACAUGAAAACCAAAACUCAGAUUAUUUUAAAGAAAGUGAGAUCUCCUUUCAGCCUCGAUUUAAUUGCUUUUCUGCUUCUCUUGCUACCUUGUCAUUUUCUGUUAAACGUUUUCUGUCAUAGAUAUGGGAACUCUCCCUUCUGUGUGAUGUCUGUGUAGUGUUAUGUUGUCUGCUCGCCAUCCGUUCACUCUGUCAAGCAGUAAAAUGAGAGAUUCGCUUUCUUUAAAAGUACAAUGAUAGUCUCUGGUAUUUUUAGCCAAUUGUAACUGCAGUCUUUGUAGUGUUCCUAAACCCUUUCUCACUGGGUAUUGAAAGAACAGUAUAAGCAUUUAGUGGCAGCAUGUCACAUGACUAGCUGUUUUGUUUCCCUUAUCUUAAUAACGAUUGCUUCUAGUCUACAGACUUAAGAACAAACUUAUAAUUUGAAUCACUCUUAGGAAAGUGCCUAUGUAUGUAGCUUUAGUUGAUCAAAGCAUGGAUCCGGGGAGGAAGAAAAGUUUGCCUUAAAAUAAACAAACAAAAGACCACACCAAAAUAACAACAACAAAAGUUGGUCUGUUUAUGGCUAUGUUGGACUGUAUUUUAUUGAUAAGAUCUUUAAAGUUUUAAUUCUACUUAAUUGGAAAGUCUGUCUUUAAAAGGUAAAUACUGGAUUCAAAUAGCACAAACAUCUGUGAUGUUGAACUCAUGGGUGAAAUUGUGGUCAUCUUGGCAGUAGCAUUUCUAAUAGUUCCAUCCAGCAGUACGUUUGAAUGCAAGGAUGGGUUUCUACUGCCAUCUGCUGAUACUUUUUCAUGAACCAGAAAUUCGAGGUGGUGUGGUGAUUUAGAUACCAGUCAUACUGAGCACUGUGUGCUGAACGAGAGCAAUGUAAUCCUCAUCUUUGGAGGGUGAAUUUAUUGAGAACAAGUAUCUAGCCAUGAAGUGAUUAAAAGCGCUGACAUUAGACUCACAUUGCUAUCGUUGUUAAAUGAUAGUUUUAUUGUUGUGGGAAGUGUCAAGAAAACCAAACCUAAAAUGUUUGACACUAAAUUCAGUUAUACCAUAUUGACUGUUCUAACAGUUCAGGUUAGGGGGCUAAGCUGGAGAUAAAAUAACUGAACCUGCCUGUGAUAUUGUAAAGUAAUAAGAUUAGUCUUUUCUGGAGACUGAGGUAGUCUCUUAAAAUUAUUUUUUAUUAGUCUUUUAAGUAUAGGAUCCUGCUUUACCUCUUCAAAACUUUUUAGAAUACAGUUUUAGUAAAUGGAAAAAGGUCCACUUAUGCCUUGUUUGAUACUGUGUGGCAGCUUGUUAGAUCCAGAAGCUAGACACAUUCUCAUAAUACAAAUUUUGUAGCUGAAGGCAGCAGUGGAAUGGACUCUGCCUGGACCAGCAGUUAGAAAGGGACAAUAUGCGUAUUUUGCCCAGGAGUGCUUUUUUUGGCUGGGUAGUAGAAGGAUCUAGAGACACAGGGCUUGUAACUACAAACUCUGGAGGGCCAUGCACUUCACGAGAGUUCUCCAUUGCCUGGCUCCUCUUAUUGUCCCUGCUGAAUCUGUAAUUACUGCUAGUCUGUUAGCCCUUGUUCUUUUAUUCAUUUGCUUCUCCUCUUGGGUCUCUUGGGCUGUGUUGAGUGCAGAAAAGAGAAGGCAUGUCGUAGCCCUGUCACUCAGCGUGGUGCGGAGUUCUGAGGUGUAUUUACAAAGCUUCCUUAAAUUUUCAGAACUGUAGGCCAACCACUGCUGGUAAUGUGGUGGUGGGCCCAGGAGAACAGCUGUGCUGUGCCUCAGGGCUCUGUCUUCAACCCAGCUCUAAUAAUAAUCCUGCUCCUUAUUGGGAUGCUGGUCGUUAUUACCCUUCUGUCUAUUUGAUAAGUCUGAAUCUUCCUUGCUCUCUAUUCUUGUCUGAUCUUACAAUACUCAUUCUCUUGCGAGGAUGAACAAUGUGAAAAAAUUAACCUCUUGGUAAAGCCUGGUCAGUUUUCUCUAGGGCAUCAUAAGUUAAAGAUACAUGUGUGAAUAAAGUAUACUGAAUAAUAUUUUGGAGAAUAAUACUGUCUAACACCAAGUUCAACUGUGUGAAAUGUGUUUUUUUUUUUUCCUUGCUCAAGCCCUUAUCUUUACUUUGACCAAAAAGGGAUGUGUUUUCUUGAAAGAAGGUGGUAGGCAUUCUUAAAAUAUUAUAGUAAUGCUUUGUCUGAAUACCAUGGAAAAUACCAUGUUUGUCGGCUAUGUAGCAAAGCUGAAUGUAACUUUUUCUUCAUGGGGACAGAGCAUGCUUUUACAUGUGCAUAUUCAGGAACCUGCAGAGCCAUUUAGAGCCUGAAUUAUAUUAAUUUGAGGAAAACAGUUGGCAUUGAAAACUUGAUUGCAAUUAUUUUAGGUUUGGUUAGUGUUGGUAGUGUAACAUUGCAUGUAACCAAAGUUGUAUGCAUUCAUCUCAGGUUCAUUUGUACUGUAAAAUGUUUUCUUUUUUUUUUAAGGUAUAGAGAAGACUGAGGAAAAUAAGUUAGGUGAUAAGGAUGCACAUCUGAAAAAUGAAAAGGCAAGCACACUGUAAGAUAAAAGACUACUUAAAAAGCCACUCUUUAGUGGAAGUUUGGAAGUUAUUGACUGGCUCUUUCAUAACAGGUUUUAUCACAGUACAUUGCAUAUUCUGGUGGUUCAGAUAACUUUCCUCUAUAAGUCUUAUUUUGCACUUGACAUCUACUCUACCUUUGAGAGUAUUGGCCCCACUUUUCCUAUUUAUACUAAGUCUAUUGUGACAUUGAUCUGAAAUACAUGAGGUUGACACAUUUAGAUAGUUACUAAGGAAUAAAAAUGUUGUGUAACCUCAGUUUGACAAUCACUGGCAUCCAAAAAAAAUCCCGCAAAAUACAGCAUGCUGCUUUUCAUAGUAGUAGUGAAGUGGCUUAUGUUUUGUGAAUUGUUGCCUCAGCAUAAAAUUGUCACUUCAUCAUAACUAGCAUGACCCAUAUAAUGCCCAUGGGGUAUACAGUACAGCCAUCAGGUACUAUGUCCUCUACAUAAGCUGUGUGAAAUUAAUGCAUCUUUCUGUCUACUAUAUGCCCUUAGAGCAACUGCAUGGAUGAAGCUUUAGGCAUUAUUUUUUACCCAAAUGCAUUCAUGUAUUCAUACAGGAGACCACUACUUUUGUCUGUUACAGAAGGAGAAGGCUUUUUUUUUUUCCAAAAUAAAGAAUUCUUGAAGCAUAUCUUCUUAUUUUUGGUUUGUGUUUUUUUCUUUUUCCCCAGAAUAAAAGAAAGGUGUGGGAAUAAAAAUACAUGUUUCCUUAUUGAUACUAGAAAAAACAUAUUUAAGAAAUUACUGCUCUUGUUGGCUGUACUGCUUUCCACGGGUGUUAACUUUUUUCUUCUCUAGUGUUGCUAGUGCUGCAUCACUUUUUCUGUUCCGUACUUUUUGCUCGUAGGAUUAAUCUCUUCAAGUUAUCACUUUGCAACACCAUGACAGUGUCUCAUCACCCAUUCCUUCUUUUCCAUUUAAUCUUGUUUUACAUUUCUGAUCCUUCCACAGGCAGGUACUAGUUACAUAAUCAUAAAGUGAUCUGGUUCAGAUGAAAAAUGUCUUUGUUUUAAAGGAAGUUUAAUUUUUGGUGGAAUCAUCUCCCUGAAGUUAGUUCAGUGUGCAUGCAAGUGCCAGCCAAGAAUGAUGGAUAACUGGGGUGGUCCCAACUUAGGCUGUGAUUGAGGACCAUAAAGUUGGUCAAAUGAGCUGCGGAUAUUAAAAGUGAGCUCCCCAGCUGCAGAUCACACAUCCUUCAUUACUCUGACUGGUGCAUGGUGCACACUUCUGCAAGUCUGUUCAGGUUCCUUGUGAAGCAGAAAAGUACGCUUCCUGUGUGCGUGGUGAGGUAGUUUCCUGCAAAUUACAUUGGCUUGUCUGUAGGCAUGAUGAGAAUGACUUAAGCCACUAGUGAACGUAUGUGGUAGUGGAACCUCUUUUUGUAAUGUUGAGGAGCUAAUUUUGACACACCAGAUCUAAUGAAAUUCUUCUAAAUCCACAUAAAUUAUGAAACGACCUCCUCUGACUUAGAAAGCCUGUUGUUUACUUCCAGCUAUGUCAUUAUUUCUAAUAGAUGAUCAGUUCUUCCCAGAAGCUGCUGCUCCUCUCUGUGGUUAAUUGUAAUUCCAACUAUAUUAUUCUGAUUUGAUAAUUAAAUUUGCUUUGUUCUUAUUUUUGAUCUUUUAAAAGAGAAUUACUUAUUCUUGAUUCUAUAAUUACUUCAGUGUCCUAAUUCAAAUUUUACUAUAUGUUAAACAAUGCAAACUAUUUGUGAUUUGACUGGAGAAUACACUUAAGUGGAUUAGCUGUCUGUCUACGGUUCUUGAACAGUCAGUCUUUCUGUGCUAAUAUUAUUCCACUUACGGUAGCUUUUUUUAGUGUCUCCUUUGUGAUUAGCUUUGCCUAAGUCCAAUUUAUUUGUCAUCUUUCAGAACAAUCACUAUUCAUUUUGGUAGCAGCAAAAACUUAAUUAAAUCUUUUUCUGUUUAUUUAAAACCUUUUAAUUGUACCUUUUUUUUUUCUGUAGAGCUGAUCCUGUAAAGUGUUUUUAACUAGUCUAAGGCUCUUUCAUCCUUUUGAUUCCACAGUUCUGAGGUUUGGGAAAAUGGGAUCUUGGUUAAGGAAUAUUGCAAACCACCACCAACAAAAAAGCAUUGGCUUUGCCUUUCUGGUUUGCUCAAACAAUCGAGUGAAUAGAAAUGGAUGAUAUCCUUUAAUCAGUGGAAAUUGUUGUCUUGUUCUUGUUCUUGAUGUGAGGCCUGCACAGCAGUAACUUGUGGUUCUUUUAAAGCAAGAAGGCCUCAGUUUUUGGAAUGACAGAAGUGCUGAAGGAGGCUGGUGAUUCCAAGAGCAGAAAAUGUAGUAAUUACGAGAGCCUUCAGUUACUUUAAAAUAGUGUGUAAAUGUUAUACUUAUGCACGGUGUGAGGACUAAAACUGAGAAAACAAUGGCUUUGCCAAGCAGUUAGAGAAGUUGAAGGAAAAACUGCUUUUGAUUUGAUUCUGUGUAAGAUCAAGAUCAAAAUAUUCCUGCUGGAGGUUACCCUGACAGGGACUACAGUACUAUAGUCUUUCUGAGGUACUAAAGAUAGAUAAGUCACUAUAGGAUUGCCUCAUUUUAAAAAGGAAAUUGCAUAAAAAGGAAGGAGCUUUUAAAAGAAAGUAUAGGGUGUUUCCCCUCCAAAAGCAAAACAUCUGUAGGUAAUAAGGACUUAUACAAAACAGAGUAUUGGAGGCUUAAAACAAUCUCUCUGGGUGUGGGAGCAGUAUGGCUAAACAACAGUAUGUAGGAGACAACUAAACAUCCUGCAACUUUACAGAACUUGUAUUUCAUAAAGAACACAAGACAAAGGAUCCCUCUUGGCUGAAGAGGGUGUUGAAGAAACUAGCAAAAUAAACAGCAAGAAAAUACAAAGGCCAGUAGCAUACCAAGGAAAUCAAGGAUGAAGGAUUAGAAUUAUGUUACCAUGCAAUUUCUUGUUCAAGGCUCUUUAAUAGCACUUUGAAAAAAAUAAAACACGCUGCUACAAAAGGAUGCAGGGAAAUGUGUGGAAUAUGAAAGCUGUUGUGGGGAUAGUGAUUUAACCAGGCUAGAGUAUAAUACUUAGCUGCACACCUGAUAAUAAGGUGCACCUUCUAUGCAACUUUCCUAUGAAUUCUUGUUGUGUCUUGCAAUCCUGUAAUUUUUUUUGGAAAAGGUGGAGAUUCAGUGGAUUCAGAACUUCCAAAGCAGGUAUUACGGUCCCUUGCCAAAAAUAAAAACAACCCUUUGAAUAUUGAAGCUAAAGAUGAAAAUGAAAGGUCGCCUCUCCCUUCACACAAAGCUUGCUAAUGACCUAGUCAUUGUGGAAGACAGGCUACCGGACUAGAUGGCUCUUGUUAAUUUGGCAUUGUUAGUUUUGGACUAACAACAAACAAACAAAUAUGGUGGUGGUUUUGGAUGCCAGCAAUAUAAAUCAACAAAAUCACUUUUACUGAUAGACACUUGAAUUUUGGCCUAUGUGAUAAAGUUCCUCUAAACUGUCUGUCUGUCUUGAUGGUAUCACUAAGAUUUUUUUUUCUUUUGUACAGCAUCACUUCCUGAAAAGCUUUUUGAAUUAACUCAGGGAUGAUUAUUUCUGUCUCCUAAUAAGUUGAAUAAUUAGUUCACUGAAAAAUUUGAUUUUUCCAGGAAAUUAAUAAUUCCACAAUUGCAUUAUUAAAAUCAUCUGCAAGCCCUGCAAGAAGUACUGGUCAGAAAGUCAGGACAGUACAUACCAAUGAAAUGCUUUCCUAUCAAGCUACCAAAAUACUGAGCUAUUACCAGGAUUUAGACUUAUCUAAAUGGGGAUAUGGAAAAAAAAAUCUUUCAGUAAAAGCAAAAAAACUGAAGGAUGAUGAAAAGAAUGUAGCUACUCCCCUUAAAAGAAAGCAAGAUGUACCUACAUGUCACUUGGAGAAAAAAAGAUUACCUCUAAUGAACUACACUUCACAUGAAAGAAGAUAUAACUGGACUUCCAGACGACCAGAAUUUUCUGAAAAUUAUCCUUGUGAUAUCAGGAGUUUGGGAAAUGAAGAAAAAAGAGAAUUGCUUGCAAAUAUAGAACAGGCAGUGGCUUUUGUAACUACUAUGAUAUUUCAAGAUGGUUCUUCACAGCUCAACUCAGAGCAGGCCUUAACUUCAUCAGUAAAAGGAAUCGUUAUAUUAGUGAAGAAUCAGACAGAUCGCCUCUGUUCUCCCAGUUACUCUUCGAGUGACCGUAUUCGGAAUGCUGCUGAUGAAAGUGACAAAUUAAUUUAUUUAAAAACUGAAUGCUCACCUCUUUGGGAACAAGAAGAACAGGCUCACAAGAAAUUUGCUUGGCGAGUGUUGUUUCAAAUGCUGCGUCGCAAAGUUCCAGUUAUUUGCUUCAAUGCAAAAGAUUUUCUGAGGACAGUACUUCAAAUUUAUGGUAAUGAAAUUAGCUGGAAACAAGUUGCCGAUAGCGUCGUGUUAGAUCCAAGGAUUGCAGCAUGGCUGAUAAACCCCAGUGACACAGUUCCCUCUUUUGAAUGUUUGACGGAGAAGUAUUUUGAAAAAUCUUUUUCUAUGGAAACAGAAAAUACAGAUACAGGCACUUUGAGAAAUGCAUCGUACCAAAAUUUAGGUGUAAACUUAGAGAAGCUUUAUACAGUAAUGGCAGACCUUACUCAUGACUUACAGGUUCAAGGUUUGUGGAAAUUAUUUUGCACGUUAGAGCUUCCACUGAUCAAAAUUCUGGCAGUGAUGGAAACACACAAAAUACAUGUGAACAAGCAAGAACUGAAAAAAACAUCAGAGAUUCUGGGGUUGAGACUCAAAGAGCUUGAACAGGAGGCCCAUCAAAUUGCUGGAGAACGAUUCCUUUUGACCAGUAGUAGUCAACUCAGAGAGGUACUAUUUGAAAAGUUAAAACUGCAUACACUGUGUGAGAAAAUUCCAAGAACUGAAAGGCAACAAGUGGCAUCCACCUCAGAAGUCGUGCUGAGUAAGUUGCAAGAUCUUCAUCCUUUGCCUAAGAUAAUGUUAGAAUACCGGCAGGUUCGUAAGAUAAAAUCAACCUAUGUGGAUGGACUACGAACAUGUAUGAGAAAGGGAUUUAUUUCCUCUACAUGGAAUCAGACAGGAACUGUGACUGGCAGAAUUUCAUCUAAACAUCCAAACAUUCAAGGUAUCUCUAAACAUCCAGUGAGAAUUGUAAAGAAACAGUAUAUAAAAGGAAAAGAAGAGGAAAUAGUAACCAUUUCCCCAAGAGCACUAUUUGUUUCAAAGAAAGGAUAUACAUUUUUAGCAGCAGAUUUUUCCCAUAUUGAAUUAAGGAUCCUUGCUGACUUAUCAUCUGAACCAGAGCUUCUGAAACUGUUCCAAGAACCUGAAACCACAGAUAUCUUUACCACACUGGCUUCUCAGUGGAAGGGGAUUCCAAGUGAAGAAGUGAAACAAGCUGAUAGAGAGCAAGCAAAGCGUGUAGUUUACUCAGUAGUUUAUGGAGCAGGUAAAGAACGUCUUGCUGAAUGCCUGGGAAUUACUCCUCUUCAAGCCAGUCAUUUUAUAGAGAGUUUUAUGCAAAAAUACAAGAAAGUAAAUGAAUUUACAAAGAAAACCAUUGAACAAUGCCGAACAAAAGGUUAUGUGGUUUCCAUUAUGGGGCGUAAAAGACCACUGGCUAAUAUCAAUGCACAGGAUUAUAAACUACGCACUCAAGCAGAGAGGCAGGCUGUCAAUUUUGUUGUUCAAGGAUCUGCAGCUGAUCUUUGUAAAAUGGCUAUGGUUGAGAUUUUUACCUCUGUUGUCACUUCUCCAACUUUAACAGCAAGGUUAAUUGCUCAGAUUCAUGAUGAGUUGUUGUUUGAAGUAGAAGAUUCUCAAAUCCAGGAAUUUUCAGCAUUGGUAAAAAGAACAAUGGAGUCCCUGCAGCAAACUACAGCCUUGGAAGUGCCACUAAAGGUUCCCUUGAAAGUGAUUCUUACCACUGGGAAAUCAUGGGGGUGUAUGACAGAAUUGCAGGAGAUGUAAAGCAGUCAUCGGGGAUGUUAUUCAGUACCCGUACACCUCAUUGGCCUAUGCUGAUUCCUCACUGAAUCACUAGGCAACAGCGCUGCUGGAUCUUUCAUAAGCACCUAAUACUCUGCAUGUGAAUUUUUUUACUUCAUUUUGUCUGUAGCCCUAGGCAACAGCAGUGAGAUAAAACUGGUUUUUACCAGUUCAUUGUGUUUCCUUUAGCCAAGGUAACCAGCAGGGAGCUGCUUUUGUUCAGAGCUAAAUUACUACAUGUAAGAAAUGAAGCAAGACAAUAUUAACCCUUUGGGAUCGCGACAAAUAUAUUUGAGUUAGAUGGAUGUUUAGAUUUUAAUAUCAAAUAUUUUGUGAAGCGAUUGUGUGAAAAUACUUCUAAUCUGGCAUUAGAAAGACACUAUUUGAACUGUAUCAGCAGCUGCUCAACUGUUGUGUUCAGCUUAUUUUACACUUUGUGAGUAGACGGCAGCUGCUGGGGUACUGAAUGUCAUUUUCCACAGACUUAGAAAAAAGUUCCUUAGAAAUGGAGAGUUUCUACCUUAAAUUGUAUUUAGGAUUUUAGAGUUAAAACAAGUAAACAAAAACUGCAUUAGCUGCAUUUAAAAUAGCCAGAUUGUUGCCAAUUAAAUUAAUUUCAAAAUCCAUUUGUACACUGUAGCCCUAGCAUACUUUUGACGAAGUUUUGUCUAAUCUAUUAUUUUUAUUACUGACACAAUGCUAAAUAUGGUUAGAUACAUUUUGAGAUUCAGACUUAAGUUUUUUAGGAUUCAGGCUUCUACUUCUAUGUUUGGAUUUUAUUAUUAUUGAUACUUUAGUAUCAACGGUACUUUUGAUAUCAAUAAUAUUUUUGAUAUCUUGAUAUAUAUUGAUAUUGAUAUUUUAGUGUUCUGUAGAGUUUAUUCUUUAAAGAAGUUUGUUUUAUAAAACAUUACUUGGUGCCAAAUUCUGCCUCCAUGGUAGUGGAAGAAUAGUCAAUCCUCAAAGUCUACUAAUUAUUUAGAAGUUGAAGUCAAGCACAAAACUUUUACAAGAUGUUCAGUAUAUUUCAGCACUAGACCUCAAAUGAUCAAAGUAACAUAAUUUAAAUUUUAAAUGUGUAUAGUUACAGAGAGUUUGCAGCAGUUUUAAUUUGUAUCCUUAAAAAAUUUUGCAUUACGCUUAAAGGCAUUAAACUAUUAAACAAGAUUUCCUUAUGUUGCGUAUUAAUCAUACGUCAGCUGAAAUUAGUUAGUUGUUUCCAAAAAUUGAUUCUUAUAGUUACAGAAGUAGUAGUGGUGAUGUAAGCAAAGUCAGAGCCUUCUGCAUAUUAAUUGUGGCUCAGCUCCUUGGCUGGGGGGUCCAGCCUGUGUGGUUGUGACGCUGUGCCACGUCAGGCAAGCAGGGGUCUGAUUCCACCUUUCCAAUGAAGAAGAGGUUGCACAAAUUUUCUUCUGCUUUUUGACUGUUUAGAUAUUUAUAUGAAUAUAUAUUUAAAUGUUUUUAACUUGUUAAACUAAGUUAAGUAGCUUAUUUUGUUGGGUUUCCACAUAUACACAAUUACAAAAGGAAUUUUUAAGCUUUCUGUGUUUGCACUGGCUUUGCAUAGGUGUGAAAUGUUCUCCUCCCUCUUGAAGACCUACUGUUUUCAGGAAGCCUACAGUCUUGUAUUUAGUAACCCUUGCUUCUUAAAGGCUACAGCACUAACCUUACUACUGGCAAUGUUUUUUGUUUCCCCAUUGAUUUCCAGCUUGUAUAUGUUUCUUAGGGUGCAUAGUUUAACUAGAUAAUGUAUUUUUUUCAAGUCCUGAAGAAUAUGAGGCUUACCCUUCAGUCUAAUGAAAAACAAAUACACACUUAAGAACAUAAGGAACCUUGAUCCUGACCUGUGGAUUAACAUCUGAGCAAAUACGGAGCUAUAUAGAACAUACGGAACAAAUUUUCAGACACAGCCAUUCACAAAAGAAUGUCAGUCACACUUCCCCAGAGACAUGCUCUUUGUACAGAUUGUCAUACAGUGAAUGAAGUUAAUAUUUUGUUCACCUUGUCUCCUAGAGAGUGCUUGUGAUCUCCUCUGGGCUACAGGGUCACCCUUUUGCUUUUACAACCUUUCUUUUCGUUUUUACAUUUCCAAAAAGGAAGACAGCCAACCAAUAAGCGCACUGCUUUAUCUCACACACCUGAGGGCUCACUUUGCAUACACUGGGGUGAGGGCAAAAGGCAAACGGGUACAAGUCUGGGGGAUUGUUCAAGACCAAGGUCUCAAGACUUGAUGCAGUUUGUGUCCCCACAACUUGCAUGCCAUGAACUCAAGAUCUCUUUCUAGUACUCCAGAUUCCAGUAACGAAACUGUGUUUUCUUCCAGUUGUAGGCUGUGAGUGAAUUAGCAUAGAGAGAUUUAUUCUGUAGCUGGGUGGAAACCAGAACUCUUUGAUGUUGUGCAUGUAAUCAUCGUCAGAUGAACUAUGAAACGUUUUGACUACCGGGAUGUGUUCUUCAGUCUUUUGUUCUGUUCCCCACAAACAGCCAGAUGGGUACCUGGUCCUCCCUACCUGCCCUAUUCUGCUGUGUUAAGGUACAGAUUUUGUGGGUUAUUAGGUUUUCUAGAACUCACUGAAGUGGGCCUCGAAGCUCCUGACUGGAUCAGUUUUUAAUGGAUAAAAUCCCAGAUAUCGAGAAGAGUGCUGUCUGGGACAACUGUUUUGACUUUGCCAUCCGUUCCUGUUGCCUCCCAUCCUGCACUGAACACAGGUUUUGAAACAGUUGUGUUUUUCAAAUUGUAGAAAAGCAGAAGUAUUUCUAGUGUUUGCUGUUAGUUUCCCAACAAGAUCCUCUGGACAAGGCGUCAGUUUUACACCACUUGUGCUGACCUAUGUAUUGCUAUAAAUUCGGAGCAGUGCAGUUUUUCCAGGCCUUUAGCAAGCUACCCUGCAGCACGCCUGAAUCUAAAGAGCCAUUAUAAGGAAGCAAGGCCAGUCCUGACCACAGAUUUCCUCCCAAACAAAUACAGGUGAAAAUGUUCAGUAUUUGAUGAUUGCCAGGAAUGCCUUUUGGGUGGCACAAUAAUUUCACACCAGUGAACCCUUAUUAUAAAUUAUUAUUAAAUAUUAUAAAUGGUGACCUUUUCAGGUUGUUUUGGUUUGGCACGAAGUGGAGUAUAAAGCAAGGGUAGGCUGGAGCGGGAGCAAUCAUAAGAGCCCUUUUCUACCCUUAAAACUCUCAGUUUGACCUCCAGAAUGAUUCCUUUCUCUCACAGCCUAUGAAAUGGUACUUGGAGGGCAACAAACAGAGCUUCUGUUUGAAAUACAGAACCCUACAGAAGCAGUGAUCAAGGAGUGUGAGAAACAUCACAGAAAUGAUGGGGAGAGAGGAAUAGCUGGCUCGGCAUAGCUUUGGUGGGUGGAAAUUUCCCUAAUUGAUUCUCUGAACACAGCAAGAACCCUAUUGGAAUCACUUUAUAUCUUUGGCUUUAGUCACAGUUUUGUCUUUGGUGGCCUAAAUCUUCCCUGAAAUCAUCUGCAAAUCUUUUUGUUUGCUGGGGAAGGAGCACUGUUUGAAAACACUUUAAUAUCUUUGAGAAAUGUACCAGCAGAGCUAUUUGCUGGCAUUUUCAUGGCCGUGGCAUGACCAAUACGUAUCUGCCCAGGCCUUGAAUCUUUUUAUGUCCACAUAGCACUGUGGAACAGUGGUGCUCUGAUCCUGAAUGUUGGUCCGACUCGAUAAUAACCAGAGCUCAAACACUGGUCUCAGGUAUUAUGAGAGCAAGAGUGUUUACAUGUGGGGAAAAAAAAAAAAAGCAUAUUGACAUAUUUUUUGAAAACUGAGAGUAGAUAAAAAGGUGAAUCUGCUAGAGCAUCCAGGACAUCAUUUACUCUUGGUAAUAAUUAAGAAAAAUCCCUAAAAGGUAAACUCAUUUCAUAUUUGGGAGUCCACAGAGCCAGAUCUUGUUUAAUCUGACUUGAAAAUAAGGCCAAAGAAUGGGAUGAAGGUUGAAUUAUGCCACCCUGAUAUAUUUCCUCAGUGGCCUAAAAUGUCUCUUCUGUCUUCCCUGUUAACAACCAGAUGAGGUAAAGCCCUGAAUAACCCGGUCUUGUCCUCACUGGUGACCCUGCUUUGAGCAGGAGGUUGGACGAAAGACCUCCUGAAGUCUCGUCCAACUUCAGCCUCCUGUGAUCCUCUGUCGUUCUUCAGCUGAACAGCGGCAGUCAUCUGGCUGCAAGACAAAACAGAGAUUCCCUUCAGAUACUCUGCUGUACCUCAUUGAAGUAGACAGAGCUGCACCAGAAGAAGCCCCAGAAAUGUUUGGGGAUUUCAUUCCUCCUUCCCACCUGUGUUGGCUGGUUCGGUGCCAGCAUUUACUAUAUUUCCUGGCUCAUGGGCUCACUUUGGGUUGGCAAACUUCCUUUUGGUAUUAGCAGGUUGUCAGAAACAUUCAAGGAGUGGAAAGGAAUCACUUCUCGUUUCUCCCAUUCUGCAAUGGUUUUAGUAGGUAGAGUGUGUCUGGGGGUAAAAAUAAGUCUCAAUUACAUGCUAUCUUUGCUUUCCUGGGAAUCUUCCACAGCCUGAUCGGCUCUUUUCUACUGAAAACAGCAACCUACAAUCAGCUUGUUCUCUUUAGACAUCUCUGAAGUGCACUUCUACCACCCAUCUUUGUAAGGCCUUCUCACGUUAUCAAGUGUGUAUUUAUUACCCUCUGCAAACCAGGCAAUUUGUUAUCCUCUCUGCUCUCUCCGUCGGACAGACUUGGGUUUUGAAUUCUGGAGCUUCACCUUCCAGCUGAGCUUUCCAGGUAUUUGGUGUGUUUUUUCCAUGUCACGCUCUCCUUUUGGUACUAAUUACAUGGCUAAUAUUUAGAUUCGUUCUUCCUCACCUUUUCUAUCUACACUGAUCGCUUAAUCCAUUGCUUUCCCUUCCCCUGCACUUCACAGGUACUGUUAU